GUUGAAGAGUACAUUGGAAGCAUGUUCUUUGCAAUGGUUGGUGGAAUUCUAACACCAUUUGACAAUGGCAGAUUUGAGGGCAAGGUUGUUGUGCAGAGUCUCCCUUCCUUCAAAGAUAAGAUUCGCUUGCUAACUCUUUCUUCACCCUCCAUUAUCAUCCUCACUCUUUCUCUCUCUCACAUCGCCAUUGUCUUCAUCGUUCUGAUCAGCUCCACUUCUUGGAUCAUUCCCUCUGAUUCCUCCGUGCCUCCAAUGGCUCCUCUUCUCAGAAUCUUGUUCGCUUUCAUGCCUCUGUUUGUUGCUCUGGCUAUGGCGGAUUCUCUCAAAUCCGUCUCCAAGGAGCAGAUCCAGUGCACAAUGUGCUCAUCUUGUCAGAACCCCUGUAAUCCGGUUCCCUCUCCGCCGCCGCCCUCUCCUCCUCCUCCGGCUUCAUCGUCCGCCAAUUGCCCUCCCCCUCCUUCUCCGCCCAGCUCCGGCGGUGGUGGAUCGUACUAUUACUCUCCUCCCCCGCCUGCUCAGUACACUUACUCGUCCCCGCCUCCCCCGUCGUAUGGUGGCGGAGGAGGGAUCGGCGGCGGAGGAACGUAUUACCCUCCUCCGUAUAACAAGAACUACCCGACGCCGCCGCCUCCGAACCCAAUUGUGCCUUACUUCCCUUUCUACUACUACAGCCCCCCUCCUCCGUCGACGGCGGCUCCAUCGCCGUCGAUCGGUUCAUCGGUUCCUGCAAUCGCUCUGUUUUCGUCUUUGUUUCUUUUGCUUUUGUAGAAAGCAAGAGAAGAAACGGAAAGAAACAGUUGGAAUAACUGCGCAGAAUCGCAGAUCUGGAAAUUUCGAGGGAAUGCGGGCGAAGAAGGAGGACGCGAAGAGCUUCCAUGGCGGAUUCCUGAAGUUCCCAAUUUACCCUUUUCUCGGCACAAAGGAAAGAACACACUACAAGAAGUUACGCAUUAUAGCUAUUGUUGUUGUCCCUCCCUUUUGUACCCCUUUCUCUGUUCUCUUAAUUUCUCUGGUAACGUAGGGAGAACGAUGCGGAUCUUCAACUUGUACGUAGCUUAUUAUGAUUUGAUUAAUAUGAUGAUCAAAUUUUAGGAAUAUAAUGUUUUUGUUCGGGUCAUUAAUUUGUGUGUUUAGAGUUGUGAUUA